AUGUCCACCUCAGUCAUGGACAUGUUCUUCCUCACAGGCCGCACUGCCGUGAUUACAGGCGGCACACGGGGAAUCGGUGCAGAAAUGGCCAUUGCUUUGGCAGAAGCAGGCUCAGAUAUCAUCCUGAUUCAGAGAGACACAAGCAACACAACCACCAAAUCGAAAAUCACAUCGCUAGGCCGAAAAGCGACAAUCUACACCGCAGACCUGGCCUCAGAUACGGAGGUAUCUGGGUUGACGAAGAAGAUUCUUGAUGAUGGCCAUGAUGUCAAUAUCUUAGUGACGUGCGCCGGCAUCCAAAGACGCCAUCCUAGUCACUUGUUUCCAAAGAAAGAUUGGGAUGAGGUCCUUCAAGUCAACCUCUCCACAGUCUUCACCCUGUGCCGUGACAUAGGAGCCUACAUGCUCACGCGCCCAGGCCCCCACCGCGGCAGCAUAAUCAACGUUGCAUCACUGGUCUCCUUCCAAGGCGGACUGACUGUGCCAGCGUAUGCCGCAGCUAAAGGCGGAGUUGCACAACUUACCAAAGCGCUGUCUAACGAAUGGGCGUCCAAAGGCAUCAACGUGAACGCGAUUGCGCCGGGCUAUGUAGCAACGGACAUGAACGAAGCUUUGAUCAAUGAUAAAGAGAGGGCGGCGAGCAUCAUGGCAAGGAUCCCAAAGGGUAGAUGGGGCAAACCGGAGGAUUUUAAGGGCCCUGUAGUUUUUUUAGCGAGCAACGCGUCUGGAUAUGUGAGUGGGGAAAUUUUUACUGUUGAUGGGGGUUGGAUGGGGCGAUAG